GAGGGCGAAGGCAAGGAUGGAUUCCAGAGUCUACUGGAUGCAUUUGCCCAGUGGGAGGAGAGCAUCUUCCUCCUCUGAUAUAGGUCCUCUGGGGUCUCCAGGACAAAAGGGUUCUGUUGGAGCACCCGGAAUUCCAGGGAUGAAUGGGCAAAAGGGUGAACCCGGGUUGCCUGGAGCAGUAGGACAGAAUGGAAUACCAGGGCCAAAGGGACAACCUGGAGAACGAGGAGAAAAGGGAGAUGCUGGAGAGAAUGGCCCCAAAGGUGAUACAGGUGAAAAGGGUGACCCUGGAUCAUCCGCUGCAGGAAUUAAGGGAGAGCCCGGAGAAUCUGGUCGUCCAGGGCAAAAGGGUGAACCAGGGCUUCCUGGGCUUCCUGGACUUCCGGGGAUAAAGGGAGAACCAGGUUUCAUUGGUCCUCAAGGAGAACCAGGCUUACCAGGGUUACCAGGAACAAAGGGCGACCGUGGGGAGGCAGGGCAUCCUGGAAGAGGGGAUCGAGGGGAGCCUGGAGCCCCUGGACCAAAGGGUGACCGUGGAGACAAAGGGGACUCUGGAGCCCUGGGACCAAGGGGUCCACCUGGUCAAAAGGGAGAUCAAGGAGCCACCGAGAUCAUAGACUACAACGGCAACCUCCACGAAGCCUUGCAGGGUCCCCCUGGACCACCUGGACCUCAAGGACUACAAGGGCCAAAGGGAGAGCCAGGAUCUCCAGGAGUCCCAGGAGUUGAUGGAGAGCAGGGACUCAAAGGUUCAAAGGGAGACAUGGGGGACCCAGGUAUGCCAGGUGAAAAAGGAGGAAUUGGACUUCCUGGAUUACCGGGUGCCAAUGGAAUGAAAGGAGAAAAAGGAGACUCGGGAUUGCCAGGUCCUCAGGGUCCUUCCAUCAUAGGCCCACCAGGCCCACCAGGUCCCCAUGGCCCACCAGGCCCCAUGGGACCCCAUGGACUUCCUGGACCAAAGGGUGAACCAGGGUUAAAUGGUGUUAAAGGAUUGAAGGGUGAACCAGGUCAAAAGGGUGACAGAGGACCCCUUGGUCUUCCAGGAGCAUCUGGCUUAGACGGAAAGCCAGGAUCCCGGGGUACAGAUGGCCCUAUGGGACCCCAUGGCCCUGCAGGUCCCAAAGGAGAAAGAGGUGAAAAAGGAGCUAUGGGAGAGCCGGGACCCCGAGGACCGUAUGGUCUUCCCGGGAAAGAUGGAGAGCCUGGUCUUGAUGGUUUCCCUGGUCCGCGAGGCGAGAAGGGUGAUCUAGGAGAAAAGGGGGAAAAGGGGGAAAAGGGAAAGAAAGGCAAAAAGGGGCCUAAAGGGGAGAAAGGAGAACAGGGUGCUCCUGGAUUAGAUGCACCCUGCCCGUUGGGGCCAGAUGGAUUACCCAUGCCCGGCUGUUGGCAAAAGAAGAUUCUUGGAAUGGCAGCCCCUGUUCCUGAGGGCAAAAGGUGUGUACAUCUCACCAAAACUCGGGUUGCUGAAGAUACAACAUGUCCCAAGAAGUGGUUGGCCGAAAUAACCUUUCCUGAGGAUGUAGGAGAGCUCAUCCUACGAUCUCUACUGAAGCUGAUGAGAGCUUCCCUUCCUUCCAAGAUCCAACCCAUGUUAAACAUUUUCUACAAACUUCUAGAAACAGAAAGAUAUUUUCCAUUCUUUUAAAUAUUUUUUCUUUUCUCUUUUAGUCCCAGGAAUAUUCAGGAAAGAUUUGUUUUCCAGCUUUUGUCACAUUUAUUUUGAACAAUUUUUUAAAGGAAAGUCUUCAAAUCCUAAUAAGUUGGUACCAACAGUCAAGUUGACCAUUUGCUAACUUCUCUACUGUUCUGAAUAAUUGCAGAGAAUAUAACAGAAGCUCCAUUUUCAGUUCAGUCAUUGUAAAGCAUCAAAGUUAAACAAUUUUUCAGUACUUUUUGACUUUUUUUUGUAUGAUGAAUAUAACAUAUAUAGUGAUUAUCAGUUAAGAUAAAGUCAAGAUUUGGUCACAUUUGAUCGUAUUAACUCAUUUCUAUUUCUUGUAGUUCUAUUUAGUUCUAAGUUGUGUCUAUAUUUAGAUUUCUUUAUCUUUUUUACAUUUCUCAAUGUUUGUCUUAUGCACAGACCAAAUCUGAGAUCUCAGAAAGCUGUGAAAUAUAGUUGCCAUAAAGAGUAUUUUUCAACUACUUGCUCAAAAGUUACCUAACUGUAUUAGACUGAGCAUUUCUUUGCACAGUAAAGAGUUGAUAGCAUGUUUUGAAAUGACUUGUUCUAAGUGGAAGGGUUACAUUAGGAGAAACGUCAUCAAUGAGGAGUAGUCACUCUUUCAGCCCAUUGGACAAUAUAAUUUCUCAUUUCAUGCCAUUUUGUGGGAAAAUUUCUGGUUUCAUAUAUAGGUUUUCACCAGCAGAGGGGAAAUUAUCUCAUCAUUGGCUUAUGGUGACAACAGUUAACGUACGAUUAUAAGACAAGGAUCCCAAGAUCCUUAUGAUCUCUUUCAUAAUAUAUAACCAAAUGCUCAGUUAUACAAAAUGCCUUCUUUUUGUUUCCAUUAUGUUUUCAAGAAUGGAAAGAUGUUUGAACUAAUCUAUCAAUCAAAUUGGUAACAUCUCUAGUAACAUUCCACACUCCGAAACCAGUUUAGCAUUUUUAAAACACCAGAGGGCAUUUUCUACCCAUCUCUUGUAUGAGCUGGUUAGGAUAAGGUAUUUUAUUCAGUGUCUGAAACAAUUUGUCUUAAAUGCUUUGGAAAAAUGAACUAAAGCGAGUAAAACCACAGUCUCUUUAGGAAAACAAACAGUAGUGUCUUGAGAAAAAUCUGGUGGCUAUAUUUCUUCCCAUUUAUCUUUCUUUCUACUCCUCUAGUAGAAAGAGGAAUUAAGAUGGAUCACUAUUUAAAAGUUGCACAGCUUCAAAAGAGAAUACCUUAACAUCAAAAGAGAAACAUUUCACGUACAAAAAAUAUAUGUAUUUUUUAAACACAGCCCUUUAAGAAUACUGUUCUGUCCUAUGUGUAUAUUGAGGUUUUACUCUAUAACUGAUUUGACAAUAUUGCCUUUUAUUCCAUGAUUAAAGGAAGCUGUAAACUUUCAAUACAUUUCCUUGGGGAAAACAAAAGGACCAUGGUCCUCCUCUUUGUUCCAUGGAACUGCUAGGUCUUAACCAACAUGCAUAAUCUUCAACUUUUGUUACUAAAAUAUUUUAAAUCAUCCAUUUUUUUUACCAAUAUAGAGAAUCCUCAAAUAAUUGCCUGAUGAACUAAUGAAUGUGUCUGCCGAUAUAUGUGUUGGCAGCUACAUAUUUUUCUUUAAGUUUGCUUUCUUUUAAUUUCUAUUAUUGGAUAGAAGAUUAAGAAAAAAUACAUGAAAGACAUUUGAAAUAAGUCAAGAUCAGAUUCCAUUUCUGAUAAGCAUCUUUUAAGGAUGCCAAACUGGUACGUGUUUUAGCUUUAAACUUGUUUUCCGUUUAUGUUGGUGCUGAUGUAUUUCUUUUCUUUUUCUUUAUGGACAAUGCAACUCUACUAUGGAUAAUUUCAUUUCUCUGUUUAAUAGCAUUCCUAAACUGUUAGUGCGUGAUUUUAUUUUUCAAGUUUAUGGAUUUACUAUAAUUAUGGUUCAAUGACCAGUCUUUCUUAAUGUAAAAGAAAACAAAACAGUGUACCUAUAGAUGAUAUGUGUGUACUUGGAUUGUGGAUCCUUUUAUUUCAUGUUCAUUUCAUAUACCAUAUGCCUUUCUCAACUUUUACUCUCAUCUUUUAGCUUAUAGAAUUUGAUUAAGCAUGACAAAACCAACAUUAGACAAGUCUGCACACAUUCAUAGAGUACCUGACCCAUAAAUAUGCCAAAAUUUUUCUUCUAGUUUUCAUUUUCAUUAUGAAAAGCAGUCUUGAAAGGUUUUUCUUUCUUAUUUGAUUUCAUAGGAAACAUGAGAAUAUCUUGAAUUUCUACCAAAAAAAAAGUCUGUUCUUGAAUCCUGUGCAUGAUGUUCUGAUGGAAUAGUAAGAACUCUUAUGCAUCCAGUAGUUCAUUCUAUAUGUCCUUUGUCUACUAUAUAUUAUAUAUAUACACCUCUCUACUAGUUUAGAAAUGGUCAAAUCAGCAUGUCAGUAUCUGUGGAAAAAUUAACUGGUAUUAUAUUUUUAUCACUUAGAAAACAUGCUUAAUUUUCCAAAGUUUUAUUUUUAAUGUUACUAUUAUAGCAUAAAAAGUUAACACCACUUUUCAUCUUUUUUUUUUUCUUUUUUGGCCACUAUAUAUAAUCUUGCCCAGAAAUAAGCUAUGCUUGUUAAGGUGGGUGAUGUUUUCAUAUCUUCUAAUAAAUGAUCUUAGGAACAUGCAGAUAUUGAUAUUUGAAAUCUUGUUUUUCUCUAUUUCUUGAUAAUCAAGUAAUAUUAAUAAUUAACAUUACCAAAAAUGAACUUUUCUAAUUUCUGCCAAAACACAAAAACAAAAACCUUGCUAUCUCUAGAAAGUCAAGUCCAUAACAGCGUAAUCUUAUAUUCUCAAAAAUAAUGAUUUAGAACAGUCACAUGUGAUUCUGGCUGUUAAAACAAUUCAUUCCUAGUGGAAUUAACAUACUUGACCAAUUAUGAUUCUGCUAAGUUAUUUUAGAGUAUAAAGACCUUCAGUCCCUACUUUUCCCCAUUUUUGUUGAAAUAGCUUCAUAUCAGCUGGAUUUACUAUAUACCACAGCAGAGAUACCCUUCCAACUUAAAUUUUUAGUGGAUUUUGUUUUUGCUAAUUCAAUACUGAAACAUUUUAAUGGCAUUUCUGAUUUUUUAAAUGUAUUUAAAUGCAUAAGUUUCCCUAUGCUGCUUAUUGACAGAACUGUCGUUCUGGGAAUAAGACUUUUUCAACCUGACCUAUUACGUUUGAUUUAUUGAUAACAAAGUACCAACAUUUCUCAAAAUGCAGUGGAUAUUCUCACAUAUCUCAGAAAUAUUAAUAAAUUGGAUUCACAAAAGAAUGUCUUACAUAUUAUUGACAUUUAUGUGAAUAUUCUUUAUACUGUUGUAAAUGUUUCAUGCAAUUUAAUAACAUUUUUAAAAGAUGUAUGUAUCUGAUUUUCCUUUAGAAAAUAUUAUAUUUUUAUUUGUAUUUUUUACAUUUUAAAGUUCAUCUCUAUGUGCAGCUAUUUUUAUAUUGCCAAAAAAUCACAUGAAUACAAAGUAAGAGAAAAAUGCAAAAAAAAAUAUUUUGGCAAGCAUUACACUGCAUAUUUUUCUUAAUGUUUUGUGGGCCAGUCUCAUGUAAUUGAUUAUUCUAAGAAUGUGUUGUGUCUUAUUGCUGUAAAUAUGGCACAAACCUGUUUUUCUCAAUAGUGUAAAUAAUUGAAAGAUUGAAUUCUCCCUGUUUGAUUUCUUAUUUCAUUUCAUUGUAAUUUCUCCAGCUGAGAUUACUGAAUCAAAAGACGCAUGUGGUUUUUUGAUAUGCAGCCUGGAGAUAAUUGCCUUGUGUUCAGUUUCUAAUUUGUUUUUAUUUGCUUUUUUAACUUGUUUUCAGGGUUCCUAGUUUGUGAGAAGUUGAUCUUCAGAAUUAUUUUUACACUAUUUAUGACUUAUUUUCAUAAUGUAAAAAUUGUGUAAUUAUUACAAUAUUAAUCCAAACAAUGGUAAUGAAUUGUAUUGUUAUAAAGCUUUAUUGAUGUUCAUGAA